CCUGACGCUUGAUUUAUACGUCAGCAGAUAGGUAAGGUGGCAGUAGCCAACAUGGAAGGAAGUAAAGAAACAGCGUCCACAAAUGAACUUUUGAAAGAUGAGUGCUAUGCAGAUUUUUGCAAAGAAGACUUCGAUGUCAAGACCUACACGGCUCAAGCUAUUCAUCAUGCAGUAAUAACCGAGCAGCUAGCUAAACUUGCCCAAGGCAUCAGCCAGUUGGACAAAGAGCUCCAUUUACAGGUGGUAGCAAGACACGAAGACUUACUGGCCCAAGCAACUGGGACUGAAUCCUUGGAAGGUGUACUUCAAAUGAUGCAGACAAGAAUUGGUGCUUUACAAGGAGCUCUUGACAGGAUUAGGACCAAGAUUGUUGAUCCAUACAAUAAAAUUGUUGCUCGUACAGCACAGCUGGCUCGAUUACAGGUUGCCUGUGACUUGCUGCGAAGGAUAAUUCGCAUCCUGUACCUCAGCAAGAGACUCCAGGGCCAGCUUCAGGGUGGCAGUCGAGAGAUCACCAAAGCUGCCCAGAGCCUGAACGAGCUGGACUACCUGUCUCAGGGAGUGGAUUUGUCUGGAAUAGAUGUGAUUGAGAAUGACCUCCUUUUCAUUGCACGAGCUCGGCUGGAGGUGGAGAAUCAGGCCAAGCGGUUGCUGGAGCAGGGCAUGGAGAUUCAGAACCCCACUCAGGUGGGAACAGCACUUCAAGUGUUUUAUAACCUCGGAAGUUUAAAAGAAACCAUCAACAGCGUGGUCGAUGGAUACCGUGCCUCCUUAGAAGACAACGUAGCCAAUGCUCUAGACAUCAAAGUCUUGACUCAGAUGAAUCAGGCAAACACAAGAGGCGGCCCUGGAAGAGCCGUGAUGCCAACUCCAGGGAACACUGCUGCAUUCCGAGCAGCUCUCUGGACGAACCUCGAGAAGCUUAUGGAUCAGAUCUGCGCAGCCUGUGGACAAGUACAGCAUCUCCAGAAGGUUCUGACUAAGAAAAGAGACCCUGUCACCCAUGUGUGCUUCAUAGAUGAAAUUGUUAAGGAUGGCCAAGCUGACAUCUUGUAUACGUUCUGGAAUUCUGUCACGCAGAUUCUAUCUGUUCAGUUCCAGCAGGCAACAAACUCUUCCACGUUCCUGAAGCAGGCUCUAGAGGGAGAAUAUCCUAAACUGCUGAGGCUCUACAAUGAACUGUGGAAACGACUGCAGCAGUACAGUCACAGCAUUCAGGGCACUCUGGCUGGGAGCGCAGGCCUCGACCUCACACCUGAGCUGCCCUCAGCAGACCUGGACCCAGAGGACAUAUUCAUGCACAAGAAGCAGGAUUAUGAUCCAGAGAAAGCACUGAAGGACUCCCUCCAGCCUUAUGAAGCCGCCUAUCUGUCCAAGUCGCUGUCCCGGCUCUUUGAUCCCAUCAACCUGGUUUUCCCUCCAGGGGGACGCAACCCUCCUUCCACUGAUGAGCUGGAGAGCAUCAUUAAAACCAUAGCAAGUGAGCUGAAUGUGGCUGCGGUUGAUCCAAACCUGACUUUAGCCGUGGCAAAAAAUGCAGCAAAGACCAUUCAGCUGUUCUGUGUAAAAUCAGAGCAACUUCUGUCCACACAGGGGGAUGCCAGUCAGGUUAUUGGGCCUCUAACUGAUGGGCAGAGGAGAAAUGUUGCUGUCGUCAAUUCCCUGCACAGACUGCACCAGUCAGUGGGGAAGGUGAUCUCUAGUAUGAGCUCCUUUCCUCCAGCUGCUGAGCAGGCCCUGACUACUGCCUUAGAGACAGUGCAGACUCUCAUGGGGAGUGCUGUGCAGCCGUUGCUUCAUUCUGUCGGUGACUCAGUGGAGGCCAUUAUCAUCACCAUGCACCAGGAGGAUUUCUCUGGACCACUGUCCAGUUCAGGAAAACCAGAUGUACCAUGUUCACUGUACAUGAAGGAGCUACAGGGCUUCAUAGCACGGGUGAUGAGCGACUAUUUCCGGCACUUUGAGUGCAUCGACUUCAUCUAUGACAAUACUGAAGCCAUUGCACAGAGGUCCAUUGAGCUCUUCGUAAGGAACGCAGGGCUGCUGAGGCCACUGGGAGAAGGAGGGAAGAUGAGACUGGCCGCUGACUUUGCUCAGAUGGAGAUGGCCGUGGCUCCCCUGUGCAGAAGGGUGUCCGACCUGGGCAAGCCCUACCGAUUGCUGAGAUCUUUCCGGCCAUUGCUUUUCCAGACAAGUGAACAUAUUGCCAAUAGCCAAGCGGUUGGAGAUAUCAUCCCAUACAGCACAAUACUGCACUUUUUAUUUACUAAAGCACCACCUGAGCUGAAAUCCCCACAUCAGAGGGCUGAGUGGUCCAUUGCUCGGUAUUCCCAGUGGCUUGAUGACCACCCUUCGGAAAAGGAUCGUCUGACUCUCAUAAGGGGGGCACUGGAAGCCUAUGUGCAGUCUGUGCGAGCCAGAGAAGGGAAGGAGUUUGCUCCAAUUUAUCCAGUAAUGCUACAGCUGCUCCAGAAAGCAGCAAGUGUCGUUCAGUGAACCGAUUCCGUCAGUGAAAACGUUUUUUGUAAACAUCUCCCUAUUCUGAAUUAACAAGCAUGCAAUGGUAAGCAUGAAAUAUUGAUGAAACUGUGUUCAAUGGGGAGGAAUAGUCUUAUUCUAUGUAUAUUAUUUUGCUCAUUAACUAAAAGGUAAAUUGUAUUCAGGGUACAACAUAACUUUUCUGGUGAAAACAUAAAGGACUCUCCCAGCCCUUGCUUCCUUGUAAUAAUCUCAUUAUUACAUUCCAACUGAGCUCCCAAUUACCUAAUAAUGUCCUUAGGAUGUCCUUUUCAGCUCCAGAGGAUUUGCAGAUCGCAUGUUUAGUUAACAUCCUUUAGUUCACUUGAAAACCUUUAACAGUAGAAAGGCUGAAGAACACUUAAAAUGUCAAAUUAGGGAAUUAUUACUUCAAAGAGCUACUCCAGAGGACAGUGCCAUCGGAAGUCCAGAUUUCACAGACCCUGUACUAUACUGAUUUCCAAAAAGUUCUUCUCUUUUAUUCCUAAAAACUGAAAAAAUACAUUAAAAAAAUUUGAUUUUAUUAUAAUACUAUGGGACUAAUGUGAAAUUAUACAUUUUUCAUUUUGAAAAGGGUUUUUUAGAUAAAAUAUAUGAAGUGCUUCUGUGAUUUCAUGACUUUGUUUUGUAGUAUGUUUCAGGAUUAAACGCCUUUAGAAAGGGAUCUGAAGGAUUAAGAAAGGCUUUCUUGCUAUCUCUGUCUUUCAGCCUUAUGUAUCCACUUUCAUUGGGGAUGAUUUUGAUGCUGAUAGAGGGAACAAUAGCAUUUUGCCAGGUGGUCCAGUUCUUUCUAAUUCAGCUGUUAAUCACCUGAAUUAGCUUGUUAUUAACUGCACAGAUUUACAAACUUCUAGCAGCUCUUCAGGUGUUGCUAAUUAGAGAUGUCGAAAACGUUCAGAAUAUGAUUGAACUCAGAGCACCCAAAUUAGAAAGAGGAACUUGAAUCCGGGUGUGGGUUCUAUUUAAAAAACAAAUUAAAGUGUUAUAAUCAUGCUAAAUUUGUAACAAGGCUCCUCCUAAAAUAUCGAAUGCCCUUGCUUUCAGAUUUCACCUCCUCUGAAUUUGAAAGUUUUAAUCCAGAAGAAAUUAAUCUUUCAAAACAGCGUACUAAUUUAAAAUGGUCAGUUUUGCCAAUUAAAUCAGAUAAGAACAUCAUCAAAAUUGAAGACUGUGUUCAAUACCAGUGUGCAAUAAAAGUAACAAAAGGUGAAUGGAUUACACAUUUAAAAUUUUUAUUUAUAAUAUAAUACAAGAACAUUUUGUGCAAGAGUUUGGUGGGACAAUAAUUCUGUACAUAACUGACAAUGAUUUAAAAUGUCAUCACAAAAUGGCAAAGCAGAAACAAGCUAGAUGGUUGCACUGAUUGUGUUACUUGUAAUUGUUUUUGAAAAUGAUUACAUUUCUGCUUGUAUACAUUUGUUGGCUGUAGAAGAUACAAUAAAGUGCUAAAACACUUGAGGUAAAAAUCCUUACCCAAGUGUAGUGUGUGCCCACC